CCCWCCUUGGAGCUCUUCCUCUUCUUGCAAACAACAAAAGCUGCUCUAAGAACGACCGGUCAUGGCUCUGCGACCCAGAGCUUCCUCCCAGCCAGGAAAACUUUCCCUGCCUCGGAUCGCCAAGAUAACCUCAUCCCUUCGUCCGCGGGCUGUUUCCUCUUGCUCGGGCUCCAUGCUGGAGGACGAGCUGUCUUGUCCCGUCUGCUGCGAGAUUUUCAAGGAGCCAGUCGUGCUCAAGUGCAGCCACAGCUUCUGCAGGGCCUGCCUGCAGCAGUUCUGGAACAAGAGGAAGGCGCGGCGCGAGUGUCCCAUCUGCAGGAGGAAGUGCUCUCUGACGGAGCCCACCGUCAGCCUGGCCCUGAAGAAUGUGGCCGACACCUUCCUGAAGGAGCAGGCGAGGAGGGCGACUGUGGCCGGGCCGGGGGCCGGCGUGGCCGCGGAGGAAGCGGCGGUGCUGGAGGAGAAGUGUGCGACACACGGGGAGGUUCUCAAACUCUUUUGUAUGGACGACUUUGAAGUCUUGUGCUGUGUGUGUCACACUUCCAAGAAGCACCAGGGACACAAAGUGUGUCCUCUGGAUGAAGGAGCCCAGGAUCUGAAGUCGGAACUGAMGAAGGAGCUGAUCCCCUUGAAGAAGAAUCUGCGGCGCCUGUAUGAAGCCAAGCAGGACUGUGAUGACACAACCGUACACAUCAAGAACCAGACGCAGGCCACAGAGAAGCAGAUACGGCAGGAGUUUGAGGAGCUCCGGGGGUUUCUGGAGCGCGAGGAGGAGGCGAGACUGGCCACCCUGCAAAAGGAGGACGAGGAGAAGAGGGAGCUGGUGAAGAAGAAGUCUGAAAGCAUAACCAGAGACAUCCUCACUUUCUCCCACGCCGUCAUCGCCGUUGAGAACGAGAUUGCAUCCGGUGACGCUCAGUUCCUCCAGAAUUACUUCAGUACAAAGAAAAGAGCACAGCUCCCCCAGAAAGAUCCGGAAAAAGUGUCGGGUGCCCUUAUAAAUGUGGCCAAGCAUGUGAGCUCCCUGAAAUACCACGUCUGGGCAAACAUGGUGGAUCUGGUUAAGUACACUCCCAUCACCCUGGAUCCCAACACCGCCUACUCCUGGCUGUCGCUCUCCUCAGACCUGACCAGCGUGGCCAACAGCGGAUCCCUUCAGCAGCUCCCAGACAAUCCUGAGCGUUUCGGUCACUUUGUGUUCGUGCUGGGGUCAGAGGGCUUCACUUCGGGCCGCCACGCCUGGGAGGUGGAGGUGGGCGGUAAGGAGGACUGGAUGCUCGGCGUGGUGAAGGAAACCAUCGACAGGAAAGGGAAAAUUUCAGGGUGUCCGGAGGGGGGCUUCUGGAUGAUCUCUCACUCGGAGGGCGAGUACUCGGCGAUGACGAGGCCCGGCACGCCGCUCCACCUGGAGGGCGACCUGAGCCGGGUCAGGGUGCAGCUCGACUUCGAGGCMGGGGAGGUCAUUUUCUCCAACCCUGUGACCAUGAAGCCCGUCUACACCUUCGUUGACUUUUUCACUGAAAAGAUGUAUCCCUUCUUCUGCCCCGGAGUCAACAUCAACGGGAGCAACGCCAAACCUCUGAAGAUCUGCCCCGCCAAGGUGGCUGUGUGGAACAGCACGACCUGGUGAUCAGAGAGCACCGAUGUGUUAGAUUACACACCUGAUGAUGUUUUUGGGCAGGUGCGAACUGAGCAUGAUAUAWAGAAAAUACUAUUUUUAUUGUUUGAGACACUCUUAUGCGAACUCCUUCAAUCGCCUUUUUGUUUCUCAAUGAGCCGCAGCAGAGAGAGAGCAUCUUUCUCCCCCUGGUGGUAAAAAAACCACACAUUUGUUUUUAAAUCUCACUCCGCACCCAAUUUCAUUUUAAUCUUACAAAUCACUCGAAUAAAAGAGAGUUUACUGAUAUGUUUCAUGAGAAUAUCCUGGAUAUUAAAUCAGGCGGACUGAGAAGACGGCAAUGCUACACACAUUGUUGAAAUAAAACAUCUAAAAUKUAAAAAUUUAAAAAUGUUGCAAUUGUGUUUCUUUCAAUGAUGCUGGAAAUUCAGAAAAUAUACCUAAAAUUGUAAUUAUUUUUUAACAUUUCUGCGGUUUUUGUAUCCUCACUGCUCUCUUCAUUCUUUGGACCAACAACUUAACAAAACAAAACMAAAACAAUUAAGCCCAAAAUKAWUCUCACCACAGGUAGUUUUAGAUAUCGAAUAAGCUGCAUUUAACCAAGAUGUUUAUUUUCCAUAGAACAUAAGGCAGAGAUCUCUGAAAKAAACAUAAUAAAAUAACUUAAAAUACUUUCAUUUUGAUAAAAAAAAAAAACCUAUUGUUUUUAUCUUAUGUUAAAUCUUAUGUUUCCACUAAGAUUUUGCUGAUUUAUUUCUGCUGAUGACCUCUUUGAGGUUAGAAGACCAUGUUGCAGUCAUCCUAACCUUUAUCGACUCCCCCCACCAGAUUCUCCACCAGAUUUAGGUCAGAAGUAUCCAACAGGGCUCUUCCAAAACAUUCAAAUAAUUUCCU